AUGAGUGCUUCGAUUGCUGCAAAUGAUCAAUUUCAUACAGUCAUCAUUCGUGGUGAUCUUCCACAGGUUGAAAAGCAGUAUAAAGCUGAAAAGCCAAGGAGUCUGCCACCGAAAAGGUAUUGGCUCGAUGCAUUGAUUGAUUAUUUAAGUGAUGGAAACCGAUGGAGAAGAAAUAUUGCAUCAACACGAUUCAAGUUGCAACAUAGGAUUUCUAAUGGGCCAUGCACAAGUCUUGUUAAUCGACAUGGAUUAUUCUCGGCUUUUCUUAACGCCUACAAUUCACAUGAAGACAUCGUUCUUUCACCAGACGAUUUUUGGCUGAUGAUCACCAUUUAUUUUGCGAAAGAAUAUUUUAAAUAUCAACUUCACUGGACAUUGUGCGGUAUCCGGAGGGUACAUUUCCUGGGUACAUUGGAUGAUUGGUUACUUCUUCGACAAAAGACAGAACAACUAAAGAGUUUUACAACAUUUCAGGAUGAUUUUUAUACAUACAUCGAAAGUAUUUUGCCCAUUCUUGACCAACUGAUAAAUACUUAUCAAAACAAAGUAGACAACGAAUUUUGGGACAAAAUUUUCAAUGUAGAACAUAAGGGACCUGAAUCAGGGAGUUACACGAAGCUUACAGGCUGGUUUCUUCAACUUUGCUACGGACUUCAUACGAAAACAGAAUGCAACAUGGAUGAAGUUGCAUUACAUCCAAUUGUUACAUCAGUUGAAUUCGUAAGUGAACCUACGAACGAGAAGAAAACAUGUUAUGUGGUAGGUGGAUUUCAUGGUAUUGAGAGUCGCGAUGGAUGGCACAAGCCUGUUAUGUCUUUGUCCAUCAUAGAUGAUCUUUCAACGAUUACACCACUUAAAUCAUAA